UGAAGCAGCUCUGGAGACCAAAGACUAUUCUUUUACCAAAGCAGUGUGCUAGCAUGGUAUCAGCAGGAUUGCAGAUGCUGGGCAUAGCCCUGGCCAUCAUCGGCUGGAUCGGGGUGAUCGUAGUUUGCGCUCUCCCUAUGUGGCUUGUCACAGCUUUCAUUGGACAGAAUAUAGUCACUGCGCAAACAACCUGGGAAGGAAUCUGGAUGAGCUGUGUGGUGCAGAGCACGGGACAGAUGCAGUGUAAGGUGUAUGACUCCAUGCUGGCCCUCAGCUCAGAUCUACAAGCGGCUCGAGCCCUGAUUGUCAUCUCUAUCCUGGUGGGUGUCUUUGGAAUCCUGCUAGCGGCUGCUGGAGGGAAAUGCACCAACUGCAUCGAGGACGAGCGCACCAAGGCCAAAGUGGGCAUCAUUUCAGGAGCCAUCUUCAUCGUGGCUGGAGUUCUGUGUUUGAUUCCUGUCUGCUGGACAGCCAAUACAGUUAUAAGGGACUUCUAUAACCCUAUGACCAUCCUGUGCUUCAAUGGUUUUGUUGGCAUAUGUGUCUGCUGUGGCAUUCCCAUGUGGCGCGUCACUACGUACAUCGGUGCCAAUAUUGUCACGGGUCAGAUAGUCUGGGACGGCUUGUGGAUGAACUGUGUGAUGCAAAGCACAGGACAGAUGCAGUGUAAAAUCCAAGACUCAAUCAUGCGACUGACCCAGGACUUGCAAGCAGCACGUGCGCUGAUCGUCAUCGCAAUAGUGAUCAGCUUCAUUGGAAUGCUCUUGACGUUUGUGGGAGGCCAGUGCAGCAGCUGUCUGAAGAAAGAGUCCUCCAUGGCCAAAGUGCUGAUUCUGGGUGGGAUCCUGUGCAUUGUAGCUGGAGUCAUCGGUCUUAUUCCGGUCUGCUGGUCCUCAGCCUACACCAUCUCAGAUUUUCAGAGCGUUCUCACAAUCGAGACCCAAAAGAGGGAGCUUGGGGCAUCCAUAUACAUUGGCUGGGCCGCCUCAGGAUCUCUUCUGUUUGGAGGAAUCAUUUUGUGUACUUCCUGCCCACCAAGUGAAGAUGUUUAUCCAAAUUACCCAGGCAUGUACCCCUACCAAGGACCUAUGUAUGGGCCUCCUGGAUCUUACAUGCCUGCCAAAACAUAUGCACCGAGUGCUGAACAGAACUCAUUAUUACGAUUAACAGAGGAGCAAACACUUUCUUCUAUAAGCCAACGAAGCCGAGCAAACAAGAGAAAAAUGGUGUCUAUGUGUCGACAGAUCCUAGGCUUGUCCCUGGGAUUUAUUGGUUUCAUAGGAGCAAUUAUCGUUUGCGCCCUUCCCAUGUGGAAGAUGACUGCGUUUAUUGGAGCCAACAUUGUGACAGCACAGAUCAUUUGGGAGGGCUUGUGGAUGAACUGUGUGGUCCAGAGCACAGGACAGAUGCAGUGCAAAAUCUACGACUCGCUCCUGGCUUUACCUCAGGACCUGCAGGCUGCUCGGGCGCUUGUGAUCAUCGCCAUCAUUAUCUGCCUCUUUGGGGUCAUCCUGGCGAUUGCCGGUGGAAAAUGCACCAACUUUGUUGAGAGGGAAGACAGCAAGGCAAAGGUGGCUAUUGCCAGUGGUGUGAUCUUCAUCAUUGCUGGAGUGUUGGUCCUGGUCCCAGUCUGCUGGACAACUAACACCAUCGUCAGGGAUUUCUACAAUCCCAUUCUCACAGAUGCCCAAAGAAGGGAGCUCGGGCCUUCUAUCUAUAUUGGAUUCGGUGCGGCUGCACUGCUGCUCCUGGGAGGAGGUAUUCUGUGCAGCUCCUGCCCACCUAAAGAGGAAAAAUACAACAUCAAGUACUCUCAGCCACGGUCCAUUGCCAACAGCAAAGCCUAUGUCUGAAGAUCACACACACAAAGACUUUUUAUUUAAAAAGACUCUUUUUUUAAUUAAACCUUUUUAUUCCCAUCUGUGGAUUUCCUAAGGAGAAACAAUGGAAAGACAGUUUCUGAUAUGGUGUAGUUUAUCUACUGAGAUUUUGUGUGAUUCUACAGAUCACUGAAAUAGAAAGUGUGCAUUUGUAAUGUGAUGAGAGGAAUCUAACUCAGGGAAUAACAUUUUCUGAAAUGUUAACUGUGUUUUUCAGAAACUAACUGUUCUUGUAAUUUAUGUUUAAUAAGAUAACAUGAAUAGUUCCAUUAAAUCAUUAUAGAUGACUGACUGUUAUAAAUUACAAAGGCACUGGUUUUAUAAAAUGUGCAUUAACCUUUUGUCUUACUGUUUGUUUGUU